GGCCGGGCCGGCACCGGGACAGGUGGGACCGGGAUAGAGCACCGGGACAAAUCACUGGGACCGAGCACCGGGAGAGCCGCGAUGGACCCGUCGUCCCCGCCGUACCUGCUGGCCAAGCUGACCCCGCUGCACUCGGAGCAGCUCCUGCAGGGCCUCAACGUGCUGCGGCAGCACCGCGAGCUGUGCGACGUCGUGCUGCGCGUGGGCGACGCCAAGAUCCACGCCCACAAGGUGGUGCUGGCCAGCAUCAGCCCCUACUUCAAGGCCAUGUUCACCGGGAACCUGUCGGAGAAGGAGAACGCCGAGGUGGAGUUCCAGUGCGUGGCCGAGGCGGCGCUGCAGGCCAUCGUGGAGUACGCCUACACCGGCACCGUCUUCAUCUCCCAGGACACCGUGGAGUCGCUGCUGCCCGCCGCCAACCUGCUCCAGGUGAAGCUGGUGGUCAAGGAGUGCUGCGCCUUCCUGGAGAGCCAGCUGGACCCCGGCAACUGCAUCGGCAUCUCGCGCUUCGCCGAGACCUACGGCUGCCACGACCUGUACCUGGCGGCCAACAAGUACAUCUGCCAGAACUUCGAGGACGUGUGCCAGACCGAGGAGUUCCUGGAGCUCACGCACGCCGAGCUGGACGAGAUCGUGUCCAACGACUGCCUCAACGUGGUGACGGAGGAGAGCGUGUUCUACGCGCUGGAGUCCUGGAUCAAGUACGACGUGCAGGAGCGCCAGAAGCACCUGGCGCAGCUGCUGCACUGCGUGCGCCUGCCCCUGCUCAGCGUCAAGUUCCUCACGCGCCUCUACGAGGCCAACCACCUCAUCCGGGACGACCACACCUGCAAGCACCUGCUCAACGAGGCCCUCAAGUACCACUUCAUGCCCGAGCACAGACUGUCCCACCAGACCAUGCUGAUGACGCGGCCCCGCUGCGCCCCCAAAGUGCUCUGUGCCGUGGGGGGCAAGGCCGGGCUCUUCGCCUGCCUGGAGAGCAUGGAGAUGUACUUCCCGCAGAACGACUCCUGGAUCGGCCUGGCCCCGCUGAGCAUCCCGCGCUACGAGUUCGGGAUCUGCGCCCUGGAGCAGAAGAUCUACGUGGUGGGCGGGAUCGCCACGCACGUGUGCCAGGGCAUCAGCUACAGGAAGCACGAGAGCUCGGUGGAGUGCUGGGACCCCGACACCAACACGUGGAGCUCGCUGGAGCGCAUGUUCGAGAGCCGCAGCACGCUGGCCGUGGUGGUGCUGGCCGGGGAGCUCUACGCCCUGGGCGGCUACGACGGGCAGUCCUACCUGCGCACCGUGGAGAAGUACCUGCCCAAGGUGAAGGAGUGGCAGCUGGUGGCCCCCAUGACCAAGACGCGGAGCUGCUUCGCGGCGGCCGUGCUGGACGGGAUGAUCUACGCCAUCGGGGGCUACGGGCCCGCGCACAUGAACAGCGUGGAGCGCUACGAUCCAAGCAAGAACUCCUGGGAGACCGUGGCCUCCAUGGCUGACAAGCGGAUCAACUUCGGCGUGGGGGUCAUGCUGGGCUUCAUCUUCGUGGUGGGGGGACACAACGGGGUGUCCCACCUGUCCAGCAUCGAGAGAUACGACCCCCACCAGAACCAGUGGACGGUGUGUCGGCCCAUGAAGGAGCCCAGGACAGGGGUCGGGGCGGCGGUGAUCGAUAACUACCUGUACGUGGUGGGGGGGCACUCGGGCUCCUCCUACCUGAACACGGUGCAGAGGUACGAGCCCAUCUCGGACACGUGGCUGGACUCCGCAGGGAUGAUGUACUGCCGCUGCAACUUCGGCCUCACCGCGCUCUGAGGAGGGGCAGGACCCGCCCACCUCACCGGUGCCAGACGGAGCUGCUUGGACACGAUCCGUGCUGCGGGGCCCGGAGCUGCCAGCUGAGGAACCUCCCGAGGUUGGGAUUAAAAUGAGGAUUUGUUUUCUUCCCAUAAUUGGCCUUUGUUCUUUCAGCAGCAGAGGGAUGGAAAGCUGCUUCACCAGCUGGCUUUAGCUGGCCCCCUGUCCGCGGCAGUGGGGUUUAGGGAGUACUGUCCACGCCUGGGAUCCGGUUGGAAACUUGUCCAUCUAACCCUUUCUAGAGCUUUCCUCUCUUCCUCCUGCCUCCUCUGGAAUAUGAAGUUUACUGUGCUUGGGGUGAGAGCUGUGUGAGUGUGUGUGUGAGUGCAGGGUUUGCUGAGUGGUGCCUGGCUGUGGCUGCACACGGAGGAAGCGCCAGUGCUUCAUGGGUUUUUUAUGACCAGUAACUCAAGGGCUGCCUUGUUUCUGUAUCUCAAGGUCUGUAAAUAAUAAAUGCCAUAGGAUGUUGCCUGUACACUCUCCUUUGUUACCUGCUCGCUGGUAGGAGGGCUGGGAGGAUCAUUAGGAACUCCUUAGGGACAUUUCCAGGGCAAGUUUCUUGCCUCUUCACGGCGUUUUUGGGUCUGAUGGCGAGAAAUUGCAUUUUUAACUUUCCCUCCCAUUUUCUUUCUGUGGAGAAACGACUGCUAGAUGGUCUGACUUCAUCUUACUGCGUGUUUUCAGUUGGAAUGCAAGGAAAAAUCCCAGCAGCAGCAUUCCCAGCAUGAUGCACAACAACCCCCAGAGCCCAGCCCGUCCCCUCCUCCCCCCGAGCGCACUCGUGUCCGUGUUCCCUCCUUUUUUAAAGAAUGUAUGAUCUGCUUCCUCAGAGUGUUCCCAUCUACAAAUGGUGCUAAAUGUGGGGUUGGCAAGGGGGCUGUUCCUGGUUUCAGUGCAUAAAACACAUUUGGGUUGUUCCAGUUCCUUCUUUGCUCCAUCCCCCCCGUGCCUGCAGAGCUGUCCCGGAUCACACAGCGAGCUCCUCCCUGGGUACUGCAGUGGGGUUUUAUUUCACAUCUCUUUGUUGUUCCCAUUCUCACAAACAGGGAGAUCCCAGCUCGGGCUCUUCACACAGUUUUUUGCCUUUAGCACCAGUGCAGUGAGGUCAAAGCCCAGGGCUCAUCCCAAACCCGGGUCCUGCUGAGGCCGAAGGUCAUCCCUGGGAUCAACCACAGUGUCACUGUGUGACAGCCCAGAACUUGGUGAAAAUUGGGGCAGAGGGAUAGAACCCAAUGCUGUGAAUUAGAACCUUUAUUUAAAAUAGAAUUAAAAUUGAAUUUUAGCUAAUUUAGACUAUUUGGGGUUGUCCUCUGAUCACGGUUACCUUGGAUUUGUGUUGCUCUCUGUCUGCCUUUUCCCAGGCCUGGUACUGAGGAGUUUUUCUGCCUCCAGAGUUCCUUUCCCUUUGUUGUAACAUGUUAAAUUAAUGUUUGUUUUCCCUUGGUUUUCAAGCCCACGUAGUAUUAUUUUUGACAGUGCAAUAAUAUUUGAAAUAGUUGCUUUAAAAGCCAUUUCUUUAUAAUUCUGCUGAGCUGGGGGGUGUUGAGUGCACUGGAUUUAUCCUGUGGAGCUGCUUGCAGCCAGGGAAGCAGAGCUGGUCCUGUUCUUCCAUCCUGGACACUCAGAUUGAACUGGUCAAGGAGGGUGUUUGACCAUAAAACAUUGCUCGUAAAUAACAGGUUUUUGCAGAGACUAUAAAAUCCUUCAGGUCUGCUUCAGAUUUGAUAGAAUUAAGCAGGACUUUAAAUGUAUAUAAACUGCAUUGAAAACGCUGAAAUUGUUGAUUUAACCCACUAAGGAUUCCAGUUAUAGCAAUAAUAACCUGAUUUAGUUAUUCCAGGGCAUCUCUUGGUAGGACACGAGGAGCUGCAUGGCUGUAUUUGCAUGUUUGUGUGUGGAGAGGAGAAGAAAUCAUGGAAUGGUUUGGGUUGGAGGGACCUUAAAGCCCAUCCAGUGCCACCCCUGCCGUGGGCAGGGACACCUUCCACCGGCCCAGGUUGCUCCAGCCUGGCCUUGGACACUUCCAGGGAUGGACCAGAAUAAAAAAUCCAUGGGUCAGGUGGUUGUUUGUAUAAACAUCUUUCAAUGGCAGCAUUCAAAGCACUUAAAGCUGCCAAAUGUUUUAUUCUCAUUCCCCAGGCAGUGGGACUGUUAAAUCCCAGAGUGGUUUGGGUUGGAAGGGACCUUAAAGCCCAUCUCAUCCCACCUUCUGCCACGGGCAGUUCUUAGGGAAUCAUGUCCCUUAAAAUCAUGCCACUCCCAUUUCCCAUCCAGGUGCUGCUUGUCCUGUCCCUGAAGUGCUUUGGGUAGAGGAGGAUCAGACACAACAAUCAGUGUAAAUCUGCUUUUAAAGAUCAAUAAUCUCAUGGGAAUGUCUGUCUGCAGGUUAAAAAUUAAGGACCUUCAACUAAGAUGUCACAACAACUCCAAAUUAUCAUCCAGUUCCAGUUCUGACUCUCUCCAUUUAUCUGUACAGCACUUUACAACGGUUGCAGUGAGUUUAUACGUGCACAAACAGCUCCUGAACUUCUGCUUUUUUUGAGAUACUCAUCUUUAAGCUGCUUGACAGUCUCUCUUCCUAGGAAUGCUUUCCUUUCAGGAAGCCUAGUUGGAAUUUCUCGAGGGGUAAAUGUGUCCAGUCCACAUUCCAGACAGGUUUUUUCUGGGGGGGUAAGGUGUUAUUUCCAUGAAGUUCCCAUCUGUAAGUCCCCGUCCACUGUAUGAAACAAUGCAAAACGCCCCAACUUGCCUUAAAUUCUUCCUCUUGACCUGAAAUGCAGAGAACUGGAUGAUAAUUCCUACUUUUUUGCCUUAUGAGCUGUGCUGUAUUUUAAGCCCAAGGAUUUUUAGCGGGAUUUAAUAACUGUACAGAGAAUAAUGUACCAAAUGGGACUCGGACUCGCCCCGAGGGUUUGCCUGGGAGUCAGAGCUGAUCCCUGUGGUCUGUGCCCGUGGAGUGGUUUUACCUGUGCAUCUCUUUUCUUUUUCUUCAGCAGCAACGUCCCGAGUUUGUUCUUGUUUACACAAGUGGCAUUUGAGUCCCACAGGAAAAGAACUGUGAGGUGUUUUGGGGUCUUUGGUAGUUCCCAAGGUGUUGCUCUUGUGCUCUGUAAGUAUUUGUUGUAACUAUUUCAUUGAAUGUGAAGCCAUUUAGUAAAUAAACCUGGGG